CUCCAGAUUUACCUUCACGAACGCACGCUGCCAGACGGUCUCGUAAACAGAAGUAAAUUUUCUCUAAAGUGUCUUUUCCUACUGCGAUACUAUCCUUAUCUCUAAUCUUAGAACAAUGAAAGUGACGGUGAAAAUAUUACAAGGGAGUGAGUGUAAUCUAGAGGUAUCUGGAACUACUAGAAUUCGUGAUCUAAAGGAUAAAGUUGAAAUAAUCCUUAAUGUAUCACCAAGUGCGCAGAGACUCGUAUUUAGAGGGAAAACACUGACAGACGAGACCUCCCUAGAAGAGGCAGGCAUAACUGAUGGAGCGAAGAUUCACCUCAUGGUCAAAAAGGGAGAAUUAUCAUCUCCGUCCCUAGGUGCAAGCUCUUCGAAUAGUGUAUCAUCAAAUCCCACUGUUGAUUUCUUCGCACAGUUAGACACCUUUCUUCGGAAACAUUUAACUCAAGAACAGACCACGCAGGUUGUCAAUGAGUUCAGAAAGAAUUGCCAGUUAAUGAUGGACAGUAUGAACUUCGACGACAUUGAAAGAUUCGCAGCAAGUAACUUCACAGAAUUUUAAUUAGGAACAUUUUUUAUAGUUCAUUUUCUUUGUGAAGGGAGUGCUGAUUUCAUAUCAAUGAACAGAGUGUGAUCAGUGUAUCAUAUUGAAAAGCCGUUUUUGUAACAGUAUAAUAUAUGUUACUGAAAAGUUCUUGUGUAUCUCUGAAUCACAAUGUAUGUAAUGCUGGUUUAUUUUCUGGAAAAAAAGGAGAAAAGAGACUAUGAAUAGAUUCAGUAAUGCGAUUAUUUUUUUUCAUUAUUGUAAUCAACUAUAUUCAUUUGUGUCAUAUGAAGUUAUUUCAUUUUCUCCAUGUAUUAUUGUGUGAAUGUUUGUGCAGUCGUGUAGAACCAUGUACCAAACUUGCCUCUUCCUAAGUGUAUUAGGGCCAUUGAUAGUAUAUGUAAGUAAAAUGCAGUAAAAGCUUUGUUUUCAGAUACUGUUAAUAAAGUGCAAAUUUUGUAUGAUAUUUAAGAGGAAUGUUUUUAAAGAUAGUGCUUAGCUUUAAAAGAGUAAACCAGUCUGUGGUGGCUUACACUAUGAUUGUUCAAGCGAGGGACGAGAAAUAAUUGAACGGUUAAUGGUUAAAAAACAUAAUUGUGCUACACAUCAAAGAAAUGAUUGAAGCAUCUUUGUGAAUUGUUUACAUGUAGAAAUAUACGAUUAAAGGAUUUUUUUUUCAGAAUAUUUUUUAUGGUUUUAUUAUAUAAAUGCGACAAUGCAUUGAUGAAAGUAGCAAGUUUGAUAUAUAUUUUUUUCAUUUUUUGCUUCUUUUUUUUAAACAUUCAAACAUAAUGUGUGAAUCCUAUGUCUACUGAAAGGGUUUUGGCAUAAGAUGAAGUAGGAAAAAUAUAUUGGAGAAUAAUAUAUAUGAAACUAAAAUAGGAAUUCAUUUGUCAUGUUUGUAAGAUGACAGGGAAGUAUUUUUCAUAUGUUUGAAUACAGGGGUGAGAUUUAUACCAAAUACUGUUUAUUAGAUCAUGGAAUUGUAGGUGAGUGAACUGGCAUUAAUGAGGAUUCAGCCUUUUGAAAAUGAUUUAGCUCAGGUUUUUAAAAUUUCUUGGGAUAAAGUAUGUUGCACUUCCUACCCAAUUGUAAAGAGCAGACAUAAUAACUUCUUACACUCGAAUUAGAGUUGACAAGAAUUGUAUGGAACUAGGUAUGGUUAUUAACAAACGAAUUAAUUUGGUAAACAAAACUCUCUGCACAUCAUUUGCUCAAGAAUCCUUGUGUUUGAACUAAUUUUCAUGUUACUUUGUAGCGAGAAUUGACACAACCUAAAUUCAAUUUUGGCACUUACAACCUUCGACUUCACUUUACAAACAUUCUUUUGAAAUAUGAAUAAUAAAUAUCAGACAAAAAAAUCAUACUUUAAUUAUGUUUGUCCUCUCUGAUAUGAAUUCAAAAUACUUUUUUUCUCACGAGUAUGCAAAGUGCAUUACACUGCAAUAUUGAUGAGAGUUACAGUUUUAUAUUGUGAAACUAAAUGCUCGGUCAGUAUAUUAAAGGCAUGGAAAUCAGGUAUGUGAAGAUUUUGCAGAAGACAACAAAUAAUUUUGCUUAUACAUUUUCCUCCUGUUAGAUUUGCGGUACAGUACAUAUUGACCCAAUGCCACAGGAAAAUGUUGCCUUCACUUUAGUAUUGUUUUGUUGAUUGUUUCUGCACAUAGAUGGUUCUGCCAGUGCUUAGCCACAAAGGAUUCAGUAAGUAGAUCUUGUGACCUUGUCUUUCCUUGGAAUAGCAGGAAAAUGUUUUUUUUCUUACUAAUGCUAUCGAUAUCGACAGUUUUGUUAAAAACAUUAUAAUUACUAUAUUGUUAUUGACUUUACUAACAGCAGUAUUAAAUACUAGAAAAUAUAAAAAAUCAAGGAAAAGGGUGAACAGGUAAGAUAGGUAGUUCUUGUAAUCGGCUCAUUGGUAACUGAGUACUUGUGGAGCCAUCUAUAUGUAAAAACAGUUACUAAAUUAAACACAGUGGGCAGGGCAUGUACGCACAUGCCAUCCCCGGUGGCAAGUGGUUAAGAUAUCCCCACUUAUUUAUUUAUUUUUUUUAUUUAGAUAAAUAAAAACAGUAUAUUUCUUUUCUGAUAUUUUGCUUAGCUCAUUUGUAUAUAUCAAAUUUAAGGUUUGUAUGCAGAUUUCCCCCAGGACCAUUUGUAUAUAUAUAUAUAUAUAUAACUUUGUGAUGCUCUGUUUCUUAUAAGCACUGUCAUUUUCUUCUUAAGGCACUUUCUUUGUAUGUGUUUUGUUAAACAGACAGACUUUUAGUACAUAAAUAAAUUUGUGUGAGAGAAGUAUUAUUUUCAGAAAAUGGGGUGAAAGUUUUUCAACAGAAAAAUCUUGAUAUGAAAAUAUUUUGUCAUGUUACAAUAUGUGAAAAGAUAAAAUGUUGAACACAAACUUUAAAGUGGGAGGAAAUAAACAAGAAUGCAGGUACAAGUUUCAUAUUAUAAGAGGAAAAUAAAUUAGAAUUUUCAGUCAUGGUAAAAUUGUAUAUCCUGUGGAAGAGAAGGAAUGGUAAAUAGUGAACUAUACAGAACUGCUUAUGUGGGCAUGAAAUACAUUGUUUAUGACCCGCGAAAUGUUAAGAUAUAAUUUUUACUUCAUGCAAAUGAAAACAUAGUAGAAAAGUUAGGCCUCUAAAGGGAUCACAGUUUCGUGUCAAGUGUUAAAUAUCCUUGAUGUUGAAAAUAUGGUUUUAUGUUUUAACCUUGUUUCAGCAUAUUGAGUAUAUACAAUGAGAAGUAUAAGAGACUGUAUUGUUAUUUUUGGGAAAAAUAAAAGCAUUUUCAACCUGCACCAAUUAUU